GACUGCGAGCCGGGGGCGUGGGAGCCGCGCGUGGCGAGCCGGGUUCCAGAGGCGCCAGACUCCGGCGUGCGCCCUCCUCCCUCGCGGGCCCCGGCCGGGCCGUGGGGGGCAGCAUGCCCGCGCGCGCCGCCUGAGGACGCCGGCCCGGUCCCCGCCAUGGGCGCCCCGGCCCGCGCGCUGGCACUCUGCGUGGCCGUGGUGGUCGUGGCCGGCGUGGUCUGGGAGCCUGCGGGUCCGGAGCGGCGUGUGGUGCGGAGAGCCGCAGGAGCUCUGUGGAAUGUGUCUGGGUGGAGACUGAGGUGGGCAGGGGUGCCCGGGUUGGAGCCAAGCCAACAGGAGCAGGUGGUCUUUGGCAGUGGGGACACCGUGGAGCUGAGCUGCCACCUUCCUGGUGGUGGCCCCCUGGGGCCCACCGUCUGGGUCAAGGACGGCAAGGGGCUGGCGUCCUCGGACCGCAUCCUGGUCGGGCCUCAACGGCUGCAGGUGCUGAACGCCUCCCAGGAGGACGCGGGGGCCUACAGCUGCCGGCAGCGGCUCACGCAGCGCGUGCUGUGCCACUUCGUCGUGCGGCUGACCGAGGCUCCAUCCUCGGGAGAUGACGAAGACAGCGAGGAUGAGGCCGAAGACACAGGGGCCCCUUACUGGACUCGGCCCGAGCGGAUGGACAAGAAGCUGCUGGCGGUGCCGGCCGCCAACACCGUCCGCUUCCGCUGCCCGGCCGCCGGCAACCCGACGCCCUCCAUCUCCUGGCUGAAGAACGGCAAAGAGUUUCGCGCGGAGCACCGCAUCGGCGGCAUCAAGCUGCGGCACCAGCAGUGGAGCCUGGUGAUGGAGAGCGUGGUGCCGUCGGACCGCGGCAACUACACGUGCGUGGUGGAGAACAAGUUCGGCAGCAUCCGGCAGACGUACACGCUGGACGUGCUGGAGCGCUCCCCGCACCGGCCCAUCCUGCAGGCCGGGCUGCCCGCCAACCAGACGGCCGUGCUGGGCAGCGACGUGGAGUUCCACUGCAAGGUGUACAGCGACGCGCAGCCGCACAUCCAGUGGCUGAAGCACGUGGAGGUGAACGGCAGCAAGGUGGGCCCCGACGGCACGCCCUACGUCACCGUGCUAAAGUCCUGGAUCAGUGAGAAUGUGGAGGCCGAUGCGCGCCUGCGUCUGGCCAAUGUGUCGGAGCGGGACGGGGGCGAGUACCUCUGUAGAGCCACCAAUUUCAUAGGCGUGGCCGAGAAGGCCUUUUGGCUGCGUGUUCACGGGCCCCAAGCAGCCGAGGAGGAGCUGGCGGCGGCCGGCGAGGCGGGCAGCGUGUACGCGGGCGUCCUCAGCUACGGCGCGGGCUUCUUCCUCUUCAUCCUGGUGGUGGGCGCCGUGACGCUCUGCCGCCUGCGCAGCCCCCCCAAGAAGGGGCUGGGCUCCCCGACGGUGCACAAGGUGUCCCGCUUUCCGCUGAAGCGCCAGCAGGUGUCCUUGGAGUCCAGCUCGUCCAUGAACUCCACGACGCCGCUGGUGCGCGUCGCACGGCUGUCCUCCGCCGAGGGGCCCACGCUGGCCAACGUGUCCGAGCUGGAGCUGCCCGCCGACCCACAGUGGGAGCUGUCCCGGGCCAGGCUGACCCUGGGGAAGCCCCUGGGAGAGGGCUGCUUCGGCCAGGUGGUCAUGGCCGAGGCCAUCGGCAUCGACAAGGACCGGGCCGCCAAGCCUGUCACCGUGGCUGUGAAGAUGCUGAAAGACGACGCCACCGACAAGGACCUGUCGGACCUGGUGUCGGAGAUGGAGAUGAUGAAGAUGAUUGGGAAGCACAAGAAUAUCAUCAACCUGCUGGGCGCCUGCACGCAGGGCGGGCCCCUGUACGUGCUGGUGGAGUUCGCGGCCAAGGGCAACCUGCGGGAGUACCUGCGGGCGCGCCGGCCUCCGGGCAUGGACUACUCGUUCGACACCUGUAGGCUGCCCGAGGAGCAGCUCACCUUCAAGGACCUGGUGUCCUGCGCCUACCAGGUGGCCCGGGGCAUGGAGUACCUGGCCUCACAGAAGUGCAUCCACAGGGACCUGGCCGCCCGCAACGUGCUGGUGACCGAGGACAACGUGAUGAAGAUCGCGGACUUCGGCCUGGCCCGCGAUGUGCACAACCUCGACUACUACAAGAAGACCACCAAUGGCAGGCUGCCCGUGAAAUGGAUGGCGCCCGAGGCACUGUUUGACCGCGUCUACACCCACCAGAGCGACGUCUGGUCCUUUGGGGUGCUGCUCUGGGAGAUCUUCACGCUGGGGGGCUCGCCGUACCCCGGCAUCCCUGUGGAGGAACUGUUCAAGCUGCUGAGAGAGGGCCACCGCAUGGACAAGCCGGCCAACUGCACGCACGACCUGUACAUGGUCAUGCGCGAGUGCUGGCAUGCGGCGCCCUCGCAGAGGCCCACCUUCAAGCAGCUCGUGGAGGACCUGGACCGCGUCCUCACCGUGACGUCCACUGACGAGUACCUGGACCUGUCGGCGCCCUUCGAGCAGUACUCCCCGGGCGGCCAGGACAGCCCCAGCGCCAGCUCCUCCGGGGACGACUCCGUGUUCACCCACGACCUGCUGCCCCCCGCGCCCCCCAGCAGCGGGGGCCCGCGGACUUGAAGGGCUGUGAGAGCCCACCCUGCCGCCGCUGCCCAGUGCCCUGGCCUUGGGUGCGCGCGCGUGUGCGUGUGUGCGCGCGUGUGUGCGUGUGUGGCUCUGUCCCGAGGCCCCGGACAAGGACAGCAGCACGGAGGGGACCAGAAGUAGAAUGUAGGGGACGCCCCCCCCCCACCGCCAGACCCCCGGGAGGGAGAGCGAGCGGCCGGGCUGAGCGGAGCCUGCCCUGCCCGGGGGCUCCGAGACAGAUUACGGGUACCUGAAGGCGGGAGCCGUGGCCUCUGCCCCGCAGGCUUCUUCCAGAAGCGCGAGUGUGGACCUCCGCGUCCGGGAGGAGGGGGCCGCUGGCGCCGCCCACGCAGAGACCCGCGGGGCGCGAGGGAUUUCCUGGCACUGCAGUUUUGUUCUAAAAAUUGUACCUGGACCUGGAUAUUUAUCGACCCCAGAGCCCCGGCCCCGCCCCGGCCCCUUUUAACUUAUUCACAGCCGAGCCGGCCGAGCCCGGCGCUCGCCGCGGAGGUGGUCCGUGCGGACGGCUCGUUCCCCUCGGCCGUCUCUGGCGGGGAAAUGAGAUUUCUGGAGGGGAUUUGGUUUUUUGACUUCAAGGCGAGCUGGUAUUUCCACACCAACCCUGCUUCUAAUUGCUGCCUGUUCCGGGCGGGGAGGGCCGGCCCUGCGUGCAGGCUCCGAUGUUGUCAGAUGUUACAAGUUUAUAUCUAUCUAUAUCUAUAAUUUAUUGCGUUUUUACAAGGUGCAUUUGCCGUAGACUUAACACUUCUUGCGCAACGCUUCUAGACUUUUACAGCCUGGGCUGCUACCUUUCAAAGCUUGGGAGUGAAAGCUGCCAGUCGAGUUUCUCCCUUUUUGUACUGUUUGGGUGGCCGGCUGUCCCUGCACGGCCAGCAGCAGCCAGCGGGGCGGGGCCAGUGGCCCAGUGGGCAGGGUUGCCAGGCCCCGGUGGUGGGUGUGGCUGUGUUAACCAGAACAUAAAGAUGACCGGUUCCGA